CUUGUGAAGAUGGUAAAGUUCUUGAUGCUUUUUCUCGGCAAUAUCUGCUUAUUUUUACAGGCAAAUGCUGCAGCUAAGAGCAUUAAUUCUUUGGCCACUGAUUUAGCAAAUGCUGCGAGCCUUAGUUUUAAACAGGUUAACACCGGCAUCAAAAACGAAAGUUUGGAUACUUUGAGCAAAUACAUGCCCAUUUUUACCGUGGACUAUAAAACAUCGCCUCUACGCAAAAAACCUCAACCAAAAAAUUCACGAACUGCAAAAACGAUAUUGGGUGGUGAUAAGGCAACCACUGGUGCUGUGCCUUACCAAGCUCUCAUAAUUUGCAAGGGCAGAUGGCUCUGUGGAGGAUCGUUAAUAAGUAACCAGUGGGUUUUGACCGCUGCACAUUGCGUUAUAAAUUGCACUACUUUUAUCAUCUCAAUAGGAGGAAUCCAGCGAAGUGUAAAUGAAACAGGGGAAUACAUAGCUGAGACAAAUGUUUCCAUUGCACAUCCACAAUACAACUCAAUUACUUUGCAGAACGACAUUGCAUGCAUCAAACUGCUGAGACCAGUUACACUUUCACAAACAAUUCAAGUUAUAAAAAUACCUAGCGUGAAUCUAGCCAACCAAUCGUUUGUGAACCAAAACGUCACUGCCAGUGGAUAUGGACUCACCUCAACCAGAGGGAAUGCGAGUGAUUUUUUGAUGCGUGUUGGGCUUGUGGUUGGGAACAAUACUGUCGCGGCCGGUGUGUUUGGUGUGGAAAAAGUGACGUCAAAAAUCAUUUGCACAGUCGCUGACCCAGUCAAGGCAACUUGCAAUGGUGACAGCGGAGGUCCGUUGACUGCUCUAAUCGGAAAUGUUUUAUACCAGAUUGGGAUCGUCAGUUUCGGGGCAUCGAUUUCCUGCAACAAUUACCCCAGCUGCUUUACUAGAGUGACGUCCUUUUUGGGUUGGCUGUCGGACACAACAUCACUAAAAUUUUGAUACUGAUGCUUAAAAAGAAAAAUUAUAAUUUAUUUAUUCCUCUAUAUGGAUAAA